AUGGAGAAAGAUGGUGAGUAUCUCAGCUGGUGUGACAUAGAGGACCAUGAUGUUCGAGGAAAUCAGCUUCAUUGUCCACGAGUGAGAGAAGGUAAUUUCAAAAAGGCACAUCCACAUGAGUUGAACCUUUCAUUUCAGGACCUGGGUGAUCUUUACCAGGUGGAAAACUUCAAAAGGAUUCUCAAACGAUUAAUUCGGGUGGAAAAACUUUGGUUGGUGGACAAUUCUUUGACAGACCUAAGUGCCAUAAGGUUGCCAAGAUGCAGAGAACUAAAUGUCAAUAAAAACCACUUCACAUCCUUCAAGCAUCUGCCAAAGAUACCUCAGAUUCAGCACUUAUCGCUUGCUGAAAAUAACAUUAUGACACUGAGUGGAAUAUCAGACUUCAGACAUACUCCACUUGAAUCCCUUAUACUCAAGAGGAAUCCCUGUGAGUUUCAAGAAAGAUACAGACAACUUGUAUUCUCCAGUUUGCCAAAUCUGAAAAUGCUGGAUGGUAUCCCAAAACUGCCAGAGGACUAUUCACCCCCAAAGAUCAGGUUUAUUUUCAAAAUGUGUACUAUCCUCUAGCACUGUAUUUUUGCAGGACUACAGCUGUGCUAGAAUCAUCUCACAUGAAAGA